GUGACUGGAUUUGAAUCAAAAUGAUUGUUAAAAUCAACUGAAUGUCAGAUGCAAAUUUAAACGUUUUGACCGUUGGUAUAGCUAGCUCGUGCAAUUUAAAUAAAAGUGAUGCUCAGACUCAGGGAUAAAGUUGCCGAUGAUCCUCUAAUAAGAUGUAAGUCUGCUGCAGCUCAACAUGUUGGGCAGGAGGCGGCGCCGAGGACAGAUCAUUUCCACUGACGAAGAUUAUUAUUAAAGUGCCCCAGUAGACUGGGGCCCGAUUCGACCAUGCGUACUCUCUCAGCUCAAAAUAGGUGUGGACAAAUGAAGAAAUGAGGCGUUGCAGAGCGUUGGUAGCCAAUGCGGAUGAUCCUCAGACAUACGAGAGCGCUUCGUGUUGGAAAAUAAUGUGGUCGAGCUGUCAUCUAUUGAUUAUUGUCAUGCUUCUGUUUCGGUCUGCUCUUCCAUAGAAGAAUGAGUAAUCGCUAUGCGGUCAUUCAAGGAGGCGGGUAUCUCACGUCGCGGAAUCCCACAGCUGUAUCGUGAAUCGUUGCGCGGCGCUGAGAGUCAAAGCGGCCCGUUGUAGGAGCUCGUACCGCGCACAUCGUUGUGUGAUGGCCAAGUGGACACGGUUAUUUCGCCAUCCGCAGCGCUGUUUAUGGAGGAUCACUGUAUGAGACAAUCGUACACCAUUCCGUGCCUUGCCUGAGACACAUUUUCCCAUAAUAUGGCUGAUCAGAGCAACAUUCAGUCCGCCGCCUCCAAAAGCAUCAGGCCGUUCAAAUCCAGUGAGGAAUACCUGUAUGCCAUGAAGGAGGAUCUGGCUGAAUGGCUGAACACGCUGUACGAUCUGGCCAUUUCGGCGGACACUUUUAUGGAGGGUCUGGAAACCGGCUGCGCGCUUUGCCGGCAUGCCAACAACGUGAACCGCGCCGCCCACGAAUUCAAGGCGAAGUAUCCAGAUGCGCCGCAGUCGCUGCGGAUACCCAGCAAGGAUGUGGUCUUCCAGUCGAGGAACGUCAUACCUGGAUCCUUCCUAGCCAGGGACAACGUGUCAAACUUCAUCGGCUGGUGCAGGCAGGAGCUCUGGAUCAAAGAUGUGCUCAUGUUCGAGACCAACGACCUGGUGGAGAGAUGUAACGAGAAGAAUUUCGUGCUGUGCCUGCUGGAGGUGGCUCGCCGGGGGGCCAAAUUCGGCAUGCUUGCACCCAUGUUGAUUCAAAUGGAGGAGGAGAUCGAGGAAGAAAUACGGGACCAGGAGAACCUGACGGAGGCUCUGGGGGAGCUGAGCCCGCCGAACAGAACGUUUAGCCGGAAGAAGAGCAUCGGCGAGCCCGACCCAGAGCUGUUGGCCCGCUGGCAACAGCAGCAGAAGAAAGUCCUCUUGGAUAUGCGCAACCUGGACGAGCUGGUGCGGGAGAUUCUGGGCCAGUGCUCCUGUCCAUCACAGUUCCCCAUGACCAAAGUCUCAGAAGGGAAGUACAAAGUGGGCGACUCCAGCGCACUGAUCUUCAUCAGGGUAUUACGGACUCAUGUGAUGGUGCGUGUAGGUGGAGGUUGGGACACACUUGAGCAUUACCUCGACAAACAUGAUCCCUGUCGCUGCGCCGCGUUUGCUCACCGGUAUCAGCAGUCUAAAGCGAGUGGACAGGGUCCUCACAGCAAGAGUUCCAGCACUCACUCUUCCCGCUCUACAAGCCCUGGACCUCACUGGCACAAUGAGGGUAUAGCUCCCUACAAAACCAAUGACAGGCGCUCUUUGGAUCCUGCAUUGUGCUCCACGGCCCAUUCCUCUCCCUCACGGCUUGGCAGGUCGCACCAUGCAGCUGUGCCAGUGGAGAUGGAGACUAACACUGGGCGACCCACAACACUCCUUCCACGACACCCACGAGACAGAUCAGAGCCUCGCCACUUUAAUCCCCUCAGAAAUAAGGAAUCUCUUCUUCCAAAGACUCGCAGGCUUUCAGGAGACAGUGACUCCUCUACAGCUUCCUCAAAAGGUGGAGGAAGCAGCACAGGAGGAGGUCGCCACUCUUUGGGUACACGGCAUGCACAUGGAGAGCAGGUGGUGCUGCUGGUGAACCGUAAGGAGGGGAAGCAUAUUAUUGAGCGUCCUGGAGCAGGGACACAGGUUUCAGCUCUGAGAACCUCUCAGACCCGUGCCCGUAGUGCUUCUAGAGAGCGCUAUGGUCCGCAGUCCACCUCCAUCCUGAAACCUAGCCCACCCCAAGGGCCAGCAGAAAUAAGUCACACCUCUCGCCCUGAGAGAGGCAGAUCCAUGGGCCCUGAAGGUCCACGGAGGCUCCAGGCCCCACGCUCCCUCAGCCAGGGCAAGACACCUAGAGGCCGACUGGGUGAGGUCAGUCCUGGGACAUCCCCUCGCCACAGAGACCCUCAGCCUCUCUCCAUGGAUCGGAGAGAGGAACUGAGGUCCAAGCAUAUCCCCACAGCCACUUCAAGAAUAAGUGUAAACUUGCCAAGAAGACAGACGUCGGCCUCUGCCUCCAACUCACCUGUGAAAGGCACCACCAUUGGAAGUCCUGGGAAGAAGGGCAUGGUUACGCCACGACCCCCUGCUCCACGUUCACCUUCCUCUGGGAGUCGAAAAUUACCUCCCCCUGUCUCAAAGGCAGGACGGCGCUCUCCACAUUCUUCUCCACGAUCAAGUCAUCACCAUCUACCACGUUCCCCUCGAACUACACACAAUCCACGAUCCACAGGGAAAGACAAAAGAGGGUGGGUAAAUCCCCACCACCAGCAGCAGGAGAACCAGGAGGACAGCGGUAUUUUUAGUUUACACCUGUUGCCAAGUCUGGACCCUCAAAGGGAGGAAGACCUGUAUCGCAGCUUUGAGAAUGAGUUCCUGGCCAACACACAACAAGCCAGGGCUGGGCAGGGUAAAGCAUCCACUGCAAGGGAAAUAGGGUCCCUACAGCUUCCUGUCUCCCAACAGGGUUUAGGGGUGCUCCCAACAUCUACAGGUGACACUAAUGUCACGGACUCAGCUUACUCUUCCUCUAACUCUUCAACUCCUCGUGCCUAUGCUCUCGAGGAUCCUCCCACCCUUCUCCAUAGCCAGAUUCGCGGAGGCUUUCGCAAUGGGGGGCUGCUGGAUGGAGAAAGAUGGGGUGGUAGAGGUGGAGGUCUCCGAAAGCUCCCAGCCAUCUCCAGCUCCAUAGAGGUAGGUGAGCUCCCAGAGGCCUCAAAUCCAGGCCUAUCCAGGCUCCUGAUGUCCCAGUCUAUGUGCCUCCACAAAGAUCUCAAUGGAAGCCAUGGGAGUCUCCCUCUGGCAGAGGUGCCAGUGGACAGCCAGCAAGAACUGGUGGAUUGGGCUGGGGUUGAGGGGGAUGUCCCAAAAACUGAAGAUCACCCUGACCUGCCAUACGACAGUGCAGAUCUAAAUGCUGACCUGCCACUUCCCGAGUCCUUUCCCUCUCCACCACCACCUCCAGAUGACUGUUCUUACCAGGACUCCUCCAGUGAGAGCUCCUCCAUGUGUUUUAGUCUGAGUGAACCUCCAUCUGAGGGCUCCUGUACUCCUCCUCCACCACUGGCCAAUGGGAAUGCUGAUGGUGCAGUGGUCCUCCCGGCCAAAAGGGGUCAAAAGAAGGCAGAGCAGCUACCCUCCAUCUACAAGCUUAAGCUACGGCCGAGGAUCAGACCUCGCACCGACAACAGACCUGACAACAGCACGUCACGCAUCCCUACUCCAGUAAGAUACAGGAAUCAUUGUCCGCAGUCUCCUGCUAACUCUUCCCCCCUUCAGACCCCACCACAGUCCCCAUGUUCAAACCGCCAACAACCCUCGCAGAAAGCUCUGCACCAAGCCUUCACAGACCUCAUCCAAACCCAGCAGCGAUCCCCAGUUAUGGGCUCUAGAGAGCAUCCCUACUCUUCAGAAUCCAGCGUGGACACAGAAGCCUGGAUAUAGUAAAACAUGGUGGUGUGGAGGAGGAUGAUGAUGAUGAUGUCUGUGAACCUUCUCUUUACAGUCAAUUUAGAGAGAAGAGUGGUUGAAAAAAGCACAUUUAUAAUGACUAAGAGACAAUGCACCUCUGACUGUUAUGGCUAACAUGUAGCUGGAUGCUGAAAUCCUAACUGUCAUUUCACUGGAGACAUAAAAUUGUCCUUAAGUGGUUAAGAACAUUACCAACUACAUUCUUUAUAUCUUUGACCAAAAAGCUGACACAUAGCACCAUCUUGGCAUUGUUUACUUCAUAAAAGUAUAUAUAUAUUUUUUUCCUUUGGGAUUUCUAUUUGAGAAAGGAAAUUACUGCAUUCCCCCUCAAAGGGAGAGAAUAAAAGGUUUUACCAAAGGCAGUGCCCUUCAAGUUCAUGUUCUCAUGGUUCAUUUUUAGCAAGAUUAAUAAUCUCCAUGAGAACUUUUUUUUUUUUUUUUUUUUUUUUAGGUUUAGUUCAGUUUUGUUUAAUUAAGAGAAACAUUUUACUUCCUAAUUUUAUCAGGAAAUUUUAAUAUACAGAGUACACUGUAUAAUUGGGGUGGUGUUUUAAAUUGAGAAUAAGAGCUCUAGAAUCUCUAGAGCAAAUAAGAUGGAGUAGUGCAAUCUUUUUGGUGUAAUUUUAUGUGCAUCUACUAGCAAGAUGGACACCUGUAUGAAGUUUUCACCAGACUUCCAUGUGAUAUCUGAGUUGCAAAUACAGUUAAAUAACUGUACUCUUCUUUAGCCCAUUUAGCUAAACAGCACAUCAUAUCAACUCACAUCAUAUUAACUCUGUUUAGGGGAUCUCUCAAAAACAUUUAUGAGAGGCCAUGAUCCAUAAGUUAUUGGCCUGCUUUACAUCACCUUGGCAAAAGAUUUAGGCAAAUAUGUUGUAUUUGUGUAUUAUUUUCUGUACAAACUACAAAGGUUAGUGUAUAGGUUUAUAUGUAAUAUAUGUUCAAUUGCUUAAACGUUUGUUUAUGUGAUGUACAUAUAAUAAUUAAUUGAAUUUAAAAUGUAUGCUGUUUAUUUCAGUAUCCUGAUUCUGCCUUAGCUAUGCAUUUUUGUUACUGAAAGUUGCCUUGAGUAAUCUAUUGCCUUAAAAGAUGAAAAGUUUGUUUGUGAAGUAGAGAUGGAGGGAUGAUUUGUAUGUGUGUGUUUAGGUAUCUGGGUGGGUAAGUCUGAGUAUGUGUGAUAGUGAAAGUGUCAUUUCAAUGACCCUCUGCUUUUACCCCAUUUUUAAUUCUGUGAGACAACGUAUGUGAGACAGCCAGUCACAUAUAUAAUAUGUCUGUAACAUCAAUGUCUUGCUUUCUCAGCACACCUCUGCUUAGCAAGCCCGAUUAAGUUUAAAGAUUCAAGAAUUUGUCCACACGAUAGAAAUGAAUGACUCUUAAUUAAAUGGACUGCACAAGAUAGUGCCAUAAUAACCAUCAAUAAGAUGUUUUCAGCAAGAUGGAAAUCAUUUAAAUCUAUGUAUACAAAAGUAAAUCAUUUCAAAAAUCCAUGACUUAGUGAUACUUUUCCACUGUGUCAUCACCAUCUCCAGAAGCCCAGUUUCUAUCAGAGCUUUGUGAUGCCACCAAGUGGUUGAAUGAAUGAUCUACACAAUACAACAGCCGUUUUGUUGUAAGGAAGAAAUGUGUAGUUUUGAUUAAGUAAGGGAAAGCUUAAUCAGUUCUUUGACUGUUGUUAACUUGAAUGUUACUGGCGAUAAAAGUAUAGUAUUCAUGCACACUGAUUUGUUUGUUUUAUAUUCAAACACUUCUAAUCUGAUAGGUACUAGACAACUGCAUUUAAUAGGGAAAAACACUGACUCCUAUUAAAAAGAGUUACACUACACACAUUUUGGUUUGGGAUUGGAUUGUGUUUAUUUAUAUGAAAGGAGUAAGUCUUUAGGCCUUGGUAAAUUAUUUUGGGUGAAUUGUUUUAUCAUAAAGGGAUGAUAUUUUAUGUUUUUAAAUUAAUGGUUGAAUUGUUUACUUUUGGUGAGUUCUCUUUUAAAGGUGUUAUACUGCCAUGUAUUUAUGAGCUCAAUUGUUUUAUCUAGAGAUAUUCUGAUGUUUGCUGUUUCAGUGAAUCAAAAAGGAGUCUUAGAGCAAAAAAAAGUGGUAAAGAUGUUUAUGGAGUUGCAUUUCAGUGUUCUUUCUGGCCUAAAGGACUGCAAAUACAGGAUUAUUAUCAUGAUUGCUGACACUCCACAUCACCUCUUGUGUAAAAACUGCAAAACAAUGCAUCACUGCACAUUGCUUCUGUGUCCAGUGCCAUUUAAACUUCAGUACUGGCAUUUCAUACCUAGGUAUAAAUGAGGAUUGUAGAACUUUCUACAGUCUUUCAAAUUAUAUUAAUGGUUGCUGUGCCUAUUUAUGUUAGUCGUACAUACCCUCCCAACUACUCGCUGCACUGCGAUUCAGUUAUCUUUCCAGUAUCUAAUCAUUAACUGCCAUACGUUUGUACAGUUAACUCAUUUUGAGUUGCAUUUGUAUUACCUCUGUUUUGCUUUCCUACAAAAAUCUUACAGAAAAAAAGAAACGUUUUUCUGCGAUUACAUUCGUUAUGGAUUUCUUAUCAAAUUUAGAAAUUCUGAGAUAAUAUAUUGCAUGGUUGGGUUUUUUCUUCACUAUUGACAUCACAACUACAAGCAUGUAGGAUUCACAUGCUUGCUUGAAAAAUCAGUCUUAUUUGCAUUGUACAAAUGUGAUGUUCAGAUCUGAUCUACAAUAAUGCAUGUCAAAUCUAUGCCAUUCUCUGGUUCCAGUAAAUGAAAAGGCUGUUGGGUGAUUUUAAAAUCUGCAUUUUUGGGUGAUAAAUUAUUUUUGUUCUCAAUUGUUGUUGUUUUUAUGUUGACAAUAAAAUGGAAGGUAUUGACAUUGUGGAAUUUGUAUGUGUUGAAUAGCAAUAUUGCAAGACCAACAUUCCACUGUUCCUUGAAAACCAAUUGCUGUUAAAUUAAUUCUUGUAAUAAAAAUGUUUUAA